AUGUACACAGGAAAUCAAACUUCAAGCAAUGAUUUCAUCCUGGUGGGGCUCUUUGGUUCAACAAAGCUUGCAGUUCUCCUUUAUAGUGUGACUUUCAUCUUUUUCUUGAUGGCCCUAAGUGGGAAUGCCCUCCUCAUCCUCCUGAUCCACACAGAUUCCCGCCUUCACACCCCCAUGUACUUCUUCAUCAGCCAGCUCUCUCUCAUGGACCUCAUGUACAUAUCUGUGACCGUUCCCAAGAUGCUUGUGGGCCAGGUAACAGGAGAUAAUACAAUUUCCCCCUUAGGUUGUGGGGUCCAGAUGUUUUUCUACCUGACCCUUGCUGGAGCUGAGUUUUUCCUCCUCGCUGCCAUGGCCUAUGACCGAUAUGCUGCCAUUUGCAGACCUCUCCAUUACCCAUUGCUCAUGAACCAGAAAGUCUGCCAGCUCCUUGUAUCUGGAUGCUGGUUCCUGGGAACAAUAGAUGGUUUGUUGCUCACUCCAAUUACCAUGAAUUUCCCCUUUUGUCAGUCCAGGAAAAUCAUGAACUUCUUCUGUGAGGCUCCUGCCCUGCUGAAACUCUCUUGCUCUGAAAUUUCACUAUACAAGACACUCAUGUACUUGUGCUGUGUCCUUAUGCUCCUCAUCCCUGUCUGCAUUAUCUCUACCUCUUAUGCCUUUAUCCUGCACCUCAUCCACAGAAUGAAUUCAGCUGAGGGCCGUAGGAAAGCCUUUGCCACAUGCUCCUCCCACAUGGUGGUAGUGCUGCUCUUUUUUGGUGCCUCCAUCUACACCUACAUGCUCCCCAGAUCCUAUCACACAGCUGAGCAGGACAUAAUUGUGUCUGCCUUUUACACCAUCAUCACUCCUGUGCUGAAUCCCCUCAUUUACAGCCUCCGCAACAAAGAUGUCACAGGAGCCUUAAAGAGCAUGAUGCUGUCAGGAUUGAGAUUGGGAAAGUUGUAA